AUGGCGUCCAUUCCGGGCAACAAUGGUGACAACCCCGCGCCGCUGUUUCGCGCAGUCGGCGCUCCAAGCCCCAAUCGCGCUGUGGAUUGGAUUCCGUCCAUUGGUGACCGGAACUUGGCUGACGAGAGCGAGACGGACGCUUGCAACCAACUGCUCAUUCUGAUCAACGGUGAUCAGAACUUCAUGCUUGAGGGCAUGAACCUCAAAGCAGCCUGGCCGGAUAUGGUACGCCAGCUGUACCCAUGGUUCCAGAGCAAUGGCUGGAUCUGGAUGGGCACAAGCGCGAUCAAGUACUGGGCCAUGCGAGAGUUCUACAAGAAGACCAAUAAUCAAUUGGAGAAGCCCAUUCACACGCUGGGACUCACGCCGCCCCCGAAUUUUAUCGAGGAACUUGACGUGGGCUACUCGAACUACCUCAAGGCCAAUCACCCCAUCUACUACGAGCACAACAAGCACAGAAUUCCCAAGAAGAAAGUGUCGGCGGCCUCUCCCGCAGUCGGAGCAGCAGAGUCUUCCAAGAAGGACGCCCAGGUGGAGGACAUCGAGCCCCAGAAUGACGGACCCGAGAAUCCAGCGGUUCCUGCCAAUGCACCCAACAUGCUCUCUCCGCUCCAACCGGGAACAGCAAACCCUGGAUCGCCCAUGCCCACGCCCACGCCUAGUGCCCCCGUCGUGAACUUGCCACCCAGCAAGUUCGAGUCAAUGGUCUUGGCGGCAAGAAAGGACCUCAAGGAGUACUGGGAAGAUUGCGGAGGCGACAAGAUACUCCUCGACAAGGAUGGAUACCCUUUCGAAGUCCGAGUUCCCGAUCGAUUCAGUCCCGACGUGGCCAAAUACAUCUACCGCAACGCAGGACAGAUGGCCGAGGUCAACAAGAUGAUCGAUGCGAGACUUCGUCUUUGCUGGAUUGACCACGACGAGGCAACCUUCCUGGUCAUUGUGAAGAACGACAUGAAAGACGACUACGGCGACAUCACUACCUACCCAGAGUCUUGGAACGCUCUCAGGGCCUGGUCCCAGAGUGUCGCGGAUGGUCAGAGUGGCAACUCUGGGUGA